AUGUUUUUGCUUCUUCAACUACUCGUUAUCGUUCUAGGUUUCAUCUCUCAUGAACAUGAGGUUAUGGCUGCGUAUGUGCCGCCAUACACAUCCAUAGUAGUUCCGGUUAACAAACAUACCGAUGCUGCUAAGCCUCUCUAUAGCGUUGAGAUCAUGACAGCCUAUGACUAUGUAAACGAUCAAUACUUGCAUUCAAACUUCCUUAUAGACAUCGAUGCUCCCUUCAUAUGGCACGACUGCAUCGUGCAAUGGAACAUUUAUCCAGGAAGUUGCCCAAACAACACACUUUGCACAUACGCUGUUUCUUGCGUAGAUUAUCAAUGCACAACUUUUCGAACGUCUUACUCUUAUAAGAAUCCUUCUUGCCCUCUAGAAACCAACACUUCUUCGUUCCCUGGUUGGGGUGACUGUACAUGCUCAGUCAACGUGUUUAACCCUGUGACUGGUUCGUGUAACCAAACCCUUAUCAACUACGACGAUUUCACAGUGAACGUAAGUGACGGUAGAAAAAUCUUCAGUGGUUUAUAUGAUGCACACCCUUAUGCAGCAUGCGCUCCUCAUUCAACAUUUGCAUCAUUUCCUUCAAAUGUUUCUGGUGUCAUGGCGUUUUCUUCCUCGCCUUACGCCUUCCCAGCUUACUUCUAUCAACCCCUUAAAAAAACGUUAGCUCUCUGUCUUCCAAGCAAGCCGUCUGUCCCCGGGGUUCUAUUCUUUGGAACCGGUCCUUAUUACCUUCUUCCUCAAUCAAACGUCGAUGUAAGAAGUUAUCUUUCUUAUACUCCGUUGGUAACGCAGCCAGAUUCUUUUGGAUACUUUAUCAGUGUCGAUAGCAUUGUAAUUAAAAAGAGAUCUAUCAAUGUUCCCGCAAACACAACUACCAAGCUUAGUACAACUGACCCUUACACGACACUUAGAACCGAUAUCUAUAAUGGUGUGGUUAGGAGGUUUACAAAGGUUACAAAACAAUUACGUCCUGCAAAGCCAGUCAGCCCCUUCGGCCUUUGUUUCAGCACCUCCACUGCUGGUUUGAAAGUUCCUGAUAUCGAUUUCAGCCUCCCGGAUGGGAAGAAAUGGACUGUAUCCACUGCUAACUCUAUUAAGCAGAUUACAAACGAGGUGGCGUGUUUGGCGUUUGUUGACGGUGGUGCAACGAGUGAGCCUGCAAUUGUGAUCGGGACGUUUCAGUUUGGGGACAACUUUCUAGAGUUUGAUUUAGAGAAUUCGACUUUUGGGUUUAGUUCGUCGUUGCUAAGUAAGCAGACGUCUUGUGCAAACUUCAACUUUACACUUACCGACGGCCCUUAA